AUGAACAGAAUGGGGGGGAUAAAGACCAGUGCUUCCAUGGAAGGCUCUAAGGGAAGGCUCACAUGCAAAGGCCUGGGAGAGCACCUCAAAGAGCAGAGAGUCAAGGUUUACAUCAUCAGAAGAUGUAUUGUCAUGCUUCUCUGCUGGCAUGAUUGA